AUGGACGAAUUUCUUCGAGCAAACGAAACCGCAGAGCAGUUCUAUGCGAGAUGCACAAAUAUUAGUUUAUUUGACUGCAGCGAAGAUGAGAUGCUGUGGUGCAUGAUGGGCCCCCGACGGCUUCCUCUGCUCAGAAUAGUUCCAAUAACUAUAUUUUUAUUGUUAAUCUUUUUAACCGGAGUGAUCGGCAAUGUUGCUGUCUGUGUAGUGAUUGUGCGACACCCGGCGAUGCACACCGACACCAACUACUACUUGUUCAGCCUGGCUUUGAGCGAUCUUCUGCUAUUACUGUUUGGUCUCCCAAACGAUCUAUCAGUGUACUGGCACCAAUAUCCUUACAGCCUUGGGGUAGUGUUCUGCAAGCUACGCGCUCUCAUUUCUGAAGCGGCCUCCUAUGUAUCAGUGCUGACCAUCGUAGCAUUCACUCUUGAACGUUACUUGGCGAUUUGUCACCCGCUGCACAUCUACGCCGUAGCGGGUCUACGAAGGGCGCUACGGAUUGUGCUCGCGUUGUGGGUGUUGUCGCUUCUGGCUGCUUCGCCUUUUGCCCACUACACAACUGUCAACUACCACGAUUACCCCCCCGCAUCCGGUAAUGCAUCUUUAGAGUCUGCGUUUUGUGCUAUGUUGGAACUGCCUUCUUGGUACAUCUGUGAGCUGAGCAGUUUCUUCUUCUUCAUCCUGCCUGGCCUGAUCAUCCUCUGUCUGUACGUGAGGAUGGGCUUGCGCAUCAGGUCAACCCACGCGCACAACCCGGGCGGUCCGGGCACAUUGAACGGAGUGAACGGCAGCGUGCACGGAGAAGCGAGACAGGCCCAGUCUAGGAAGAACAUUAUUAGAAUGUUGGCCGCAGUCGUAAUAGCGUUCUUCGUCUGUUGGGCUCCAUUCCACUUCCAACGGUUAUUCUUCAUCUACGGCCCUAGAGUUCAGUACUACCACACGAUCAAUGAAUAUCUCUUCCUCGCUGCGGGCAUCUUCUACUACAUAUCGGCAACUGUUAACCCUAUCUUGUAUAACAUCAUGAGUCACAGAUACAGAAUCGCAUUUAAAGAAACACUCUGCUGCCGCAAAGUUCGUCGCAAGAAGAGCAGGUACCGGGACCAGUCCAGCAUCAGGGAGACCAUGGUGAACCACACUUCCGAUGGGUCUCACCUGGUACGAGUGAGGUCCCAAAGCCACGAACGAAGAAAUAUGUCAGAACAUCGAGCGAAAAACUGCGGCACCGCCGACUCAACGAGUCUUUAUACCAAUCGGUGGAAGGACAGACGUUCUAAGGCAGAUCAAAAUGAAUCUAGCCAUUUGAUGAUGAAAGAUUAUAAAUAUGACUGCGAGUUA